AUGCAUAAUCUCUUCUUUUUUCUUUCUUCCUUUUCUUUCUUCCUUUUCUUUCUUUCUUUCUUUCUUUCUUCGUUUUUCUUUCUGUUUUCAUUUCUUUCCUCGUUUCUUUCUUUCUUUCUUUCUUUCUUUCUUCGUUCAUUCUUUCUUUCUUUCUUUCGAUCGUCGUUUUUCUUUUUUCUUCCGCCUUCUUUUUAUUUUCUUUCUUUCUUUCUUUCUUUCUUUAUUUAUUUAUUUAUUUCCUCGUUUUUUCUUUCUUUAUUUAUUUAUUUCCUCGUUUUUUUUCUUAAUUUCUUUCUCUCUUUCUUUCUUUCUUUCUUUCUUACUUUCUUUCUCUCUUUCUUUCUUUCUUUCUUUCUUCGUUUUUCUUUAUUCUUUCAUUCAUUCUUUCUGCCUUUCUUUCGUCGUUUUUUUCUUCACCUUUCUUUUUCUUUCUUUCUUCUUUCUUUCUUUUUCUUUCUUUAA